AUGAGCCUCUAUGAUAAUAACACUAGGACCGACCGAGAAUCAAGAGACCAAGCAUUAGGAUUACUGGCCGCUUUUCUUGAAAAGUUACCAGAAGAAUCACGUUCAUUAUUAAUUCGCCAUGGAAUAAAGUUACCGAAACUCUCAACAAAAAAACCAAUGUUUGAAUAUUUAGGAUUCAUUAGUACAUUUGAUAUAAUUAGAUUUAGUUUUGCCGUAUCAUUUUGGAUAUUCUGUGGAGGAAAACGUGGACGUAAAACCAGAUUUCAAUGUUACCUCAUAGAACAAGAAAUUUAUAAGGUGGUUGUCAACAAGUGCCCUCAUAUCAUCAAGUUUCGUUGCGUGGAAGAAUUUUUCGAAUAUGACUCGGAUCAAUUACCCGUAUUUAAUUUCACCUAUUUACCUCCUUCAUCAAAUCAAAUAUUUUCAAAUAUUCGAGAAUUUGAAUGUUCGGCAGGUUUUACAACCGAUCAACUUUAUUUCGUAUUAUCACAAUUAAUAACUAAAUUAGACACUCUUAAAAUUUGUUCAGCGUCAGAGUAUAUUGAUGAUUGUUAUGGAUUAACGGAAUUUAUUAAGACACAACAAUCUUUACGAAAUUUAGAAUUUAUUUGUAAUAAUAAGGUUCGUGAUGACUUACAAUAUAAAAAUAAAGAAAUUGGUAAAGCAUUGGAGACGCAAGCAAAAUCUUUGGUUAGGUUGAGAAUACAUGGAUAUCAAGGAGUUCCAUUUGAAACAUUUAGUUUAUGUGAAAAUUUGGGAGAAUUGUCCUUAUACUUUUUUGAUGACAUGCCGCAAGAAACGGAGGAUAAACUAGUUAGGAUGAAAUUUAAAAGAUUACAUAAAUUUUACGUUAGAGCAGCCUCAUUUGAUUUAAGCAAGAUUGCCAAAUUUAUUAGACAGAAUGGUAAAAACUUGAUCGACGUUAAAAUAGAAAUACAGAAUAGUUUUGAUAAUGAACAAUCAGGGUUAAUAUUAGACGCGGUGGCAUAUAGCUGUCCGAAUAUAAUCUCAUUUCACGGUCCAAUCGACCCUAUAAAUGAAACACAGUUACGUUUUUUCUGCAAGCAAUGUAAAAAGUUGAAUAGCCUUGGGCUUAAUUUCGUCGAAGAUAAAUUUGACGCUUGUGAUAUUUAUGACGUUUUGAAUGUACUUGGAGAAUGCGCUCCUCGUAAAAUAUUUCAUUUCAUGUUGGAAGGGGAUUGGGAUUUGAUGAAAUGUACUUUGGAAGCAUUUUUGAAGCAACGACAAUCGAUCGCACCUUUUAAAGUCUACUAUAUCGGGUAUAUAGGAGGAAUACAAAAAAGAAAAGAGGAUAUUUUCGAAUUCGAGAAUUAUAAUUCUGAUUAUGAUGGUUCCGAUUGUUCCGACUCUCAGUAUGGUAAUAAACAUUUCGGUGAUAUGGAUUCAAACAGUGAGUCAUUUGACGAUGACUAUGAUUUUGAGAUGAAUUCUCUCCACAAAUAUCUCGAAGAAGGUAUAUUGGAAAUUCGUGCUCCUUUACAUGACGAUUUCAAAUUCAUGAUUUAA